AACAGUAGCUGAUGUGCAAUUUGGGCCCAUGAGGAUUCAUCAGGAUCAACUUCAGGUACUUUUAGUGUUUACCAAAGAAGACAGCCAGUGUAACGGGUUCCGGAAGGCAUGCGAGAAGGCAGGGUUCAAGUGUACAGUGGCCAGGGAGCCGCGGGAUGCCCUCGACUGCUUCCUGGACAAGCUGCACGACAUUGUUGUCAUUGACCACAGAAACCCCCGGCACAUAGAUGCGGAGACCCUGUGCAAGUCGAUCAAGUCAUCAAAAUUCUCAGAAAACACAGUCAUUGUUGGUGUAGUUCGCAGGGCAGACAGAGAAGACUUGUCUGUGAUGUCCCUCAUCACUGCUGGCUUCACAAGGAGGUACAUAGAAAACCCCGCCGUCAUGGCCUGCUACAAUGAGCUGCGCCAGCUGGAGUUCGGGGAGGUGCGGUCCCAGCUGAAGCUCAGGGCCUGCAAUUCAGUGUUCACUGCAUUAGAGAAAAGUCAAGAAGCAAUUGAAAUUACCAGUGAAAACCACAUCAUCCAGUACGUAAAUCCUGCGUUUGAGAGAACAAUGGGCUACCAGUCAGGUGAACUGAUAGGGAAGGAGCUGGGCGAAGUGCCUAUAAACGAGAAAAAGGCAGACUUGCUGGACACGAUCAAUUCCUGCAUCAGAAUAGGCAAGGUGGCCGUGUCCCCAGAGAGUCACACGAGCGUCUCCAGGAGGAAAAGCUCUCUGGACAUCAGGGGUGUCGGCUCCCGGACCAACGAAGCGUCCAGCCAGCGGCGACACUCCUCCCUGGCCCGGAUCCACUCCAUGACCAUAGAGGCGCCCAUCACCAAGGUCAUCAACCUCAUCAACGCAGCCCAGGAGAGAAGCCCCGUGCCCGUGACGGAGGCCCUGGACCGCGUGCUGGAGAUCCUGAGGACCACCGAGCUGUACUCGCCGCAGUUCCGCGCCAAGGACGAUGACCCGCACGCCGCGGACCUGGUCGGGGGCCUGCUGUCUGACAGCCUGCGAAGAUUACCAGGGAAUAACUACAUUCUUGGAACAAAAAUCCUUCACCAGAGCCCCUCGGCGGCUGCCUCCACCGCCGCCCUGCAAGACCUCCCAUCACGGAUCGCGCAGGCCGUGGAAGGUGAAGAGCACUGGGACUUCGACAUCUUCCAACUGGAGGCCGUCACGUACAAUCGGCCGCUGACUUACCUUGCUCUCAAAACCUACGCUCGCUUCAGAAUCUGCGACUUCCUGAACUGCCCGGAGGCCACCCUGAGAGCCUGGCUAGAGGUCAUUGAGGCCAACUACCACGCGGACAACCCCUACCACAACUCCACGCAUGCAGCCGACGUGCUGCAGGCCACGGCCUACUUCCUCUCCAGGGAGAGGGUGAAGGAGGCUCUGGACCCCGUGGAUGAGGUGGCUGCGCUCAUCGCAGCCACCAUCCACGAUGUGGACCACCCCGGGAGAACCAAUGCGUUCCUGUGCAACUCUGGGAGCGAGCUGGCCAUCCUGUACAAUGACAUCGCCGUGCUGGAGAGCCACCACGCCGCCCUGGCCUUCCAGCUCACCGUGGGCAGCGACAAGCACAACAUCUUCAAAAACAUGGAGAGGAAUGAGUACCGCGUGUUGCGCCAGGGCAUCGUGGACAUGGUCCUUGCCACAGAGAUGACAAAGCACUUUGAACACGUCAAUAGAUUUGUCACCAGUGUCACCAAGCCCUUGGCAUCACUGGAGAAUGAGGAGACGGGUAAGGACCAGGAAGCUGUAAGCUCCAUGCUCAGGAUGCCGGAGAACCGCAUGCUCAUCAAGCGCAUGAUGAUCAAGUGCGCGGACGUGUCCAACCCCUGCCGUGCCCUGGAGCUGUGCAUCGAGUGGGCCGCGCGCAUCUCCGAAGAGUACUUCUCCCAGACAGAUGAGGAGAAGCGGCGGCACCUGCCGGUGGUCAUGCCCGCCUUCGACCGCAGCACCUGCAGCAUCCCCAAGUCCCAGAUCUCCUUCAUCGACUACUUCAUCACCGAGAUGUUCGACGCUUGGGAUGCCUUCGUGGACCUGCCUAACCUCAUGCAGCACCUGGACGACAACUUCAAGUACUGGAAGGGACUGGACGAGAUGAAGCUGCGGAGCCUGCGGCCACCCACAGCCCCCGGGGACUCCUGAGCCUCCCCGCAGCCCCUCCCCCAGGCCCCCACCCACGCCGUGGGGGGCCUCCGCAGCCCGCGGCCCUGCCCAGGCUCUACAUGGGUUCAGGAAGGCACCUCUUCCCAAACAAGCAGCACACAUCCAAACUGAACAUUAAUAUCACUUAUGAAAGUUAAUUUAUUACUAGUAUUUCUAUGAAUCUAAAAAUAACUUUAAACCCAGUGUCAGCUGCCAUGACCAAGCCACCAGACUGCGACCUUCAAACGCGUGCUGCACGGGCCUGGGUAGGAAGCCCAGGAGGCGGGGUUUUGGCUGGUCUUGUUCUAGGGCCAACCAAGCAUCAGGACCCUGCAAUUUCCUGCUUUAAUUGAACUUCAAAGCCUGCCUUAUUUUAUAAACGCAAGGAGCAAACUUAAUGGAGUGACGGCUCGUAGCCACGUUUCCAUCUGUGUGAUCUGAUUGCAGAUGUUACAGAAGUUCUGUAUUAUCACAAUUUGUUUUUAUUUUAAACUUGUAUUUUUCUAGAUAAAAAUAAAACUUAAAUAACUUUUGCCAUUUCUCUAGA